UUCCUUAUAAAUAUUCAUUCCUCUUUUAUCUUUGUGCAUACUAAGACAACUCUCAAGUUAGUGUCAAGAACAGAACAGGGAGAACAGGUUUCAGGAAAAUGGCUGAAAAGCAAAGAAUCACAGUUCCAAGAGUGAAACUGGGUACUCAAGGAUUUGAGGUGUCAAAGCUAAGAUUUGGAUGCAUGGGCCUCACUGGAAUAUACAAUGAUCCAGUCCCAGAAGAGGUUGGCAUUUCAAUAAUCAAGCAUGCAUUUGAUCAAGGAAUCACUUUCUUUGAUACAUCAGAUGUCUAUGGACCACAUACUAAUGAGCUUCUGGUUGGCAAGGCUUUGAAGCAACUGCCCAGAGAGAAGGUCCAGUUGGCUACAAAGUUUGGUGUAGUCAAAAUCAAUGGUAGUCAACUUCAAACGAUAUGUGGUACUCCUGAAUAUGUGCGGUCCUGUUGUGAAGCUAGCCUGAAGCGCCUUGAUGUUGAAUUCAUCGAUCUCUAUUAUCAGCACCGCAUUGACACAACUGUACCUAUUGAGGAUACUAUGAGAGAACUUAAGAAGCUGGUGGAAGAGGGGAAAAUAAAGUACAUUGGGUUAUCUGAAGCUAGUCCUGAUACUAUAAGGAGGGCACAUGCAGUUCAUCCCAUCACUGCUCUACAAAUAGAGUGGUCACUCUGGACUCGUGAUAUCGAGGAAGAAAUUGUCCCGCUUUGCAGGGAACUUGGAAUUGGGAUAGUUCCUUAUAGUCCUCUCGGACGGGGAUUUUUUGGUGGCAAGAAAGUUGUUGAAAGUGUGCCUGCAAACAGUUUUGUGGCAUCACAUCCUAGAUUUCAAGGAGAGAACUUCAACAAAAACAAGAUCUUCUAUACACGUGUGGAAGAGUUGGCUGAAAAGCAUGGAUCCACCCCGGCACAACUUGCACUUUCAUGGGUUCUUCACCAAGGAGAUGAUGUAGCACCAAUUCCUGGGACAACUAAGAUUAGCAAUCUAGACAAUAAUAUUGGUUCAUUCAGAGUGAAACUUACAGACGAAGAAUUAGAAGAGAUUUCUGCAGCAAUACCGAUCAACGAGGUGGCGGGGGGUAGAUUAAUAAAUGAAAGUUUCAUUCGUGCCUCCUGGAAAUUUGCCAACACACCAGCAAAAGAGAGUCCUUGAGCUACUAAAAGUAUCUAAAACCAGUAAAUUUUGUAAUAAGGAGCUAUUUAGCUCAAUUAAAAUAAACAACGUGAGGACGCAGUGAGGUGGUGAUCUAUUUCUGUUUGUUAAAAUAAAAUCUAUGAUAAGGGAAUGCAUAAGGGAUAGCUACUGUAAUGUUGAAAAUGUUGUGCAAUAUCCAUUUGAUGUGAGGUUCUUAUGUAUUGGUUGCAAACUUUUGUUCC